AUGCAUAUUCUAGUGACCAAUGAUGACGGCCCGCCGUCGAACGAGUCCUCGCCCUACAUCCUCGCCUUCGUACGCACUCUGGAAGAAGCUGGACACGAAGUCUCGGUCAUUUUGCCCAGCGAGCAGCGCUCCUGGAUUGGCAAGGCUCACAUAAUUGGAAAAGACGUCCAAGCAACAUACUACUGGCCCGAGACUGAAGAGCACGGUUCUCCCAAAUCACAAGAGGCAAAGCAAGGGAAACCGUGGGUAUUGGUCAACUCUACUCCAGCGACUUGCUCCCAGCUUGGAUUGGCGCAUUGCUUCAAAGACAGAAACCCGAUCGAUCUGGUCGUGUCAGGACCAAACUACGGACGCAACACAACAGCCAUCUUUGCCCUAUCCUCAGGAACCCUGGGUGCUGCUCUUGAGGCGGCUGUCUGUGGAGCAAAGGCAAUCGCCAUCUCUUUCGCCUUCUUCGAUCGCAUUAACGAUCCCAAGAUCGUCGCACAAAGCUGCAGACAGGGCGUGCGUGUGAUUGACUAUCUGGCCAAGAACGAGCAGUGGGAUGCUGGUCGCGUCUAUACGAUCAACGUACCCGUCAAGGAUGGUGUAGAGAAGCAGCCCAUAGUAUGGACGGAGAUGUUGCAGAACCAGUGGUCAUCAAGCUCCUGCUUCGACGAGGCGCCUAACGGUGUUGAUGAUGCAGACACAGAAGAGACCAAGCUGAGGAAGCAAGAAAGCAGAGGGGGCGAGGCACCCAAGCAGGGACAGAACGAGGUGGAAGAUAACAAGUGGGCACCUCGACACUAUAGAUGGGCACCCAAGUUCAAGGAUGUAUAUGAGAGCGUCGAGAAGGCUGGACCUGGUAACGAUGGCUGGGCCGUGCAGCAGGGUCAAACAAGUGUAACAGCACUCAAGGCAAACUUUGCUCACAUCCCAGGAUUCAAGGGUGAGAUCAAGUUUUAG